AACAGAAUUGUUGAUUCUAGUUUUGUUGUUCAUGAAAAUCAUGUAUAAAAAUCUCUUUCACAUGGAUUUCUAACUUGAUUAAAGUUUGAUUACAAAUAGAGCUGAGUUUGUAAUAUGUUGGAAUGUGUUUAAACUUUGAAUAGAUGCAAUAAUGCAAAAAUGCAAUGAGGUUGUGGAAAAAAUAGUAGCACAGAGCACACUAUUAACAGAGUUUGGAGCAUAUUCCACGCACGGGAUGACCUAUAUAUAUUUGCAUUCACGAGUUGCAUUGGAUGCCCUGCACCACACUCAUAUACAUUAAAAAUCUAUAUAUUAUUAUUGUGACAUCAUAAUGAUGAGGUGUUUUACUCUCUUGUUGCUUCUUAUUCUUUAUACUCCGUCUUCCACUUGCUCAUCGGUGUUGCCACUAUGCAACCACCAUGACAACUCAAACUUGCUCCAAUUCAAGAACUCAUUUGCCAUUGACAUCUCAUUGAUCGGAGAUUCCAAGACAGCAUCAUGGAAAAACGGUACUGACUGUUGCGAGUGGGAUGGGGUCACGUGCGACACCACAUCAGGGCACGUGAUUGGGCUUGACCUGAGUUGCAGCAUGCUUGAAGGCGAGUUUCAUCCCAACAGCACACUCUUCCAACUCACGCAUCUUCAACAACUCAACCUUGCCUUCAAUUACUUCUCCGACUCCCCAAUAUAUCCCGGAAUCGGUAAUCUUGUGAGUCUCACCCAUCUCAAUCUAUCAGGCUCAUCAUUUGGCAGUAAUAUUCCGUCCUCAAUCUCACACUUGUCUAAAUUACUCUCACUUGAUCUCUCGUAUAAUAAUGACCUGGCACUUGAUGAAUCCACAUGGAGCAAACUCAUUGGUAACACCACUAACUUGAAUGAGCUACUUCUAGAUGAGGUAGGCAUGUCUUCUGUCAGAGAAACUUCAUUGUCUUUGCUCAUGAAUUUGUCAUCCUCUUUGUUGUCCUUGAGACUUUCUGACACUGGAUUGCAUGGAAAAUUCCCAACUGAGGUACUUGGUUUAAGUAAUCUUGAAGAACUAAGUUUGUAUGGCAAUGAAGAGCUGAAGGUUGAACUUCCAAAGUCCAAUUGGAGCACUCCUCUAAGGAUCUUGGACCUCUCUUUGAUACCUUUCUCGGAAGAAAUAAUACCUGAUUCCAUUUCCCAUUUGAAGUCUCUUAACAAACUAUGGCUAUGGAAUUGCCAAUUUGAUGGAUUAAUUCCUGUGUCUUUGUGGAACCUCACUCAACUAACUGAGUUGAACCUUUUAGGAAAUAGACUUCAUGGUGAGAUUCCAUCUUUGCUUUCAAACCUCAAACAUCUCACCUACUUAGAUCUUAGUCGUAAUACGUUCAGUGGUCACAUCCCAGAUGUGUUCCACAACUUCACUAAAUUACAUACCUUGCAACUUUCUUUUAACAGUCUAGGAGGUCAAGUACCGCCAUCAUUGUUUCGUCCAACCCAACUCUCUGUUUUAGAUUUGUCAUAUAAUAAAUUAGGAGGCCAAUUGCCAUCAUCAUUAUUUGAUCUAACUCAACUUUCUUACUUAAGUCUGUCUUCUAAUCAAUUAAUCGGCCCAAUUUCAAGCAAAAAUGCCACACUUUCAAAACUAGAAACACUCGAUUUGUCUAAUAACCAUAUAAAUGGGACAAUUCCAGACUGGUACUAUUCUUUGUCUUCAUUGACAUACCUAGAUCUUAGCAUGAAUCAGCUCACUGGGCCAAUUAGCAAAUUCUCCACUUCUUCAUUGAUAAUGCUAGAUCUUAGCAUGAAUCAGCUCACAGGGCCAAUUAGCAAAUUCUCCACUUAUUCAUUGGAAUUUUUAUUUCUCUCUGAUAACAAAUUUCAAGGUGAUUUUCCAAAUUUGAUCUUUGAGUUUCUCAAAAAUCUCGCUGAAUUGGAUAUGUCAUCAAAUGACUUGAGUGGUCUUGUGGACUUUUCUUAUUUUUCAAAGUUGGAAAGUUUAACUUACCUUGAUCUUUCUAACAAUAUACUUCUCUCUGUUGAUAGUAAUAAUAGUGUUGAAUAUACCUUACCCAAACUUGAAAAUUUAGAUUUAUCUUUUUGUGGUGUUACUGUUUUUCCUUCAUUCCUACCUAGACUACAAAAUCUAAGAUCGUUAGAUAUUUCUAACAACAAAAUCCAUGGAAAGAUUCCCAAUUGGUUUGGUGAUAAUCUCUUGCACACAUGGAAGAUAAUGUAUUUUAUUGACCUCAGUUUCAACCAGCUGCAAGGAGAUCUUCCGAUUCUACCAAAUGGCAUCAAUUACUUUUCAGUUUCAAACAACAACUUCACAGGAGGCAUUUCUUCAACAAUAUGCAAUGCAAGCUCCCUCAAUAUGCUAAUCCUGUCUCACAACAAUUUGACUGGCAAUAUUCCACAAUGUUUGGGAUCCUUUCCUUGGCUUCAGGUUUUGGAUUUUCAAAUCAACAACUUUUAUGGAAGCAUACCUGAAAACUUCUGCAAGAGUAAUGCUUUUGAGACUAUUAAGUUGAGUGGCAACCAUUUAGAAGGACGAGUACCACAGUCUUUGGCAAAUUGCUCAAAACUAGAAGUUCUAGACCUUGAUGACAAUAACAUAGAAGAUGUAUUUCCCAGUAGGCUAGAAGCUCUUCAGGAAUUACAGGUACUCAGUUUACGAAAUAACAAAUUUCAUGGUACCAUCAUUCGUUUGAGUAGGAAGCACCCAUUUCCAAAGUUGAGAAUUUUUGAUGUGUCUAAUAACAAGUUUAGUGGCCCUUUGCCAAUGCAAUACUUUCAAGAGUUUCAAGGAAUGAUGACUCUGAAUGAUAGUACCCCAGAGUAUAUGAUUACCAAUGGUAGACUCUCCGGCUCAUAUAAUGACUCUGUUGUGAUCAUUAUGAAAGGUCAAAAGAGAGAAAUGUCAAGAAUAUUAACUAUUUUCACAACCAUAGACUUAUCAAAUAACAUGUUUGAAGGAGAAAUUCCACAUGUCAUUGGAGAAUUAAGUUCUCUCAAAGGGCUUAAUCUUUCUCACAAUAAAAUCAGUGGUAACAUUCCACAAACUCUGGGUAAUUUGACAAGUUUGGAAUGGUUAGACCUCUCAUGGAACCAACUGAAAGGUGAAAUACCUAUGUCCUUGACAAAUUUGAAUUUUCUAUCUGUCUUGAACCUUUCUGAAAACCAGUUGAAGGGAGUGAUACCAACAGGAAAACAGUUCAAUACAUUCCAAAAUGAUUCUUAUAGAGGAAAUCCAAUGCUAUGUGGAUUCCCUUUGUCAAAGUCAUGCCGCAAUGAUGAAGAACAACCACCUUCAGUUCCUGAGGCAAAAGAAUCAUUAUUUGGGUGGAAGUCAGUUGCAGUGGGAUAUGGAUGUGGAAUGGUGUUUGGGAUGUUCCUUGGAAGGUUGUUUAUAAAGACUGCGAAACCCUUGUGGCUUGCCAGACUUAUUUGUGGCUAUACUUAACAAAACAUGCACAGCAGAUCAGAGGCCAUGCAAAUUGUAGGGAGACUGUGUUAGCUUCUUGUGUUUUUCUUCUUUUUUUUUUUUUCUU